GGAUGACUCCGCAUGAUGACAUUCUGUGAAUGAUGGUUGUCCCAUGGGUAAUUUAACAAUUAGAACUCCAUUCUGACCGAGCUCAAGAUUUUCUGUAGGCUAAUAUUGGCUCACACCUUAGGAUUAGUGGGACUUUGUUUUGGCAUGCUUGCUGAGGUGAUGUGGAAUGUGUUUCUGCACCUUUCGUACUCCUCCUUCCUUAGCCAGUGGCGUUCGGUUCUUUUCUCCUCCGUGGCUUGAAGCCGAAAGUUGGGUGCCGGUUCCAGUCCAAGGUUUCCCGCUUCCAUACUCCGGACCGUACACUAGUUACCAGUAGUCCAUGAAUAAACUAAUCAGCCCCACCCGGCAUCCCACAUAUCCUCUGUCGAUGACCCGAGGAUCAUCCAUCGGCGGUUCUGUGACCUCAUAAGCUUCCGGAUGCUCCCUUCGGAGCUUGCGAAGGACAACUAGUCUCCAAGGGCAGAGAACUUGCCACGUCUUGGCGGCCUGAGUAACCAAACGCGGCAAGCUACUAUUCAACGGAUUGGUAAUACGGUCGUGUCCGUCGUGCACCGCGAUGGCGAAUAGUAUGAGAAUCCUACUAGUAUAUAAGAUGGUUGGCUCGUCUCUCUGUCAAUUCUUAUGAGAGCAAGAUUUCCUGUUUCUUUAUUUUUCAUUCCAGCUCCUUUCAUCUCGUGUCCUAGACCCCGCAAUGAAGUUUCUGCCCGUUUAUCCUUUGGCCUUGAGCGCGGCGCUGGUGGCUGCCUCUCCGGCGGCCGUCAACAACAGCGCCUCGGGGGCUGCUGCGUCGGCUAUCAAUUUCGGUAUCACACAUAUCAUCAAUGCCGCGUCCGUCUUCGACAUCAACGGUGUGACGUUCCUCAUUGAUCCCUUCUUUUCGCCCCAGAACACGAGCUUUCCUGUCCCUGGCCUCAGCAAAGCGAUCUGGUCCUUGCUCGAGCCGGCUCUGACGCCCGAACAAAUUCCUCCUAUCGAUGCCGUCCUGCUCAGCCAUGAAGACCAUCCGGACAAUCUCGACCCGAUUGCCCGGAUGAGGUUCCUUGACGGUCGUAAGGUCCUCACGACACCGGCUGGAACGGAUGCGCUGCAACCUCGGCCAGGCGUGCAGGCCAUGGAGAACUGGAAGACGGUCAGCCUGGAAUUGAAUGGCCAGGUAUGGAACUUCACUGGAACCCCAUGCCAGCACAUGCCCGGCGGGCAGGUGACGGGCUUUAUUAUUACCGGCCCGGGCUUUGGAAGCACGGACGGCCGCCCCAAUGCCAUCUGGUACUCCGGAGAUACGCUGUACCUGCCUGAGUUGGCACGCAUGCGCGAACAAUUUCACAUUAAAGUGGCCGUCUUGAAUAUGGGCGCGGCCUACUUGAUCUCGGAUGUCGGCGAGCCGUACCGGAUUAUCAUGAACGGAACAGAAGUGGCGCGGACCUUCCAAGACGUCGGAGCAGAGAUCCUGGUACCACUGCAUUAUGACUCGUUCAGCCACUUCCCGGAGGGCAAAGACGAUGCCCGGCGUGAUUUUGAAUCAUCCGGUGUUGCGGACCACGUUCGCUGGGUUACGUCCGGUCAGCGGACUACGAUCCUCUAGCAUUCCCCCCCCCCCC